CCUGUGUCACUUCCUAGGCCACAGUGCUGUGCUUUGCUCGUAGUGGCUGGAGACGGCUCAGGCUGCAGAGCCAUGGCCUCCAGCCCCAAGCAGCCAGGUCUUCCCAGGUUCUGACUUCUUUUGUGUAAGGAGAGCUGGCCAGUUAAACCCAGCGUGCCCUUCCUGGGCUGCCUUGGAAGUCACAGGGACUUGGAUCAUUUCUGAUACCCAUGGCAAAAGAAGAGGGCGCCCUCAAGGUCACCAGGGACCUGAAAGCUGCAGUCUCUGCUAUCCUCCAGGGCUACGGGAAUGGGAAGGGGCCAGUGAUGGACGCCAGUGCUGAGCUGCACAGACUCUGCGGCUGCCUGGAGCUGCUGCUGCAGUUUGAGCAGAGGGAACAGAGGAGCUUCCUGGGACCAAGGAAGGAUUACUGGGACUUCCUCUGCACUGCGCUGCGGCGGCAUCGAGCAGACAUGGAGCAGAUCCACGUCAUCUCCUUGCAGGACAAGCUGAAGACCUCUCUGGGCAAAGGCCGCGCCUUCCUCCGCUCCUGCCUGGCCCGAGGGCAGCUGGCUGAGUCCCUGCAGCUCUGCCUCCUGAGCCCGGAGCUCACCAGGGAGUGGUAUGGGCCCCGGAGCCCUCUGCUGUGCCCUGAACUCCAGGAAGACAUCCUGGACUCUCUCUAUGCUCUCAAUGCGGUGACCUUCGACUUGGACCUGCAGCAGCCGGACUUGGAUGGGGCCUGGCCCAUGUUCUCAGAGUCCCACUGUUCCAAUUCUAGCCAGGCCCAGAGAAGAAGACCCAGAAAGACCAAAGAAUCCCCAAAGAAGAUCUCAGCAGCAUCUGGAGGCUCCGGAGAAGUCCAGUCACCUACCAGUCAAGAUAGCUACCUACGAGAUGCAACCAGAGAAGACCAACUGGCUGGACUCUCCAGGUCCCAGGAACAUACAUAUCUUUCCCUCUUCUUGGAAAAGAAGAGGGAAGACUCCAGGAGCCUUGGUUCCCCCCAAAGCAUUUGGGAACCAAGGGAGAAACUUCAGCUAGACCAGGAAGAGGGAGCCCUGAGGACUAGGAGACUCUUGGAGAACUCAGCAGCCAACAUCCAGCAACAGAAAGAAGGGGCCAAGGAGGCCCAGAAGAAAAAGCCUGGAAUGGAGACUGAACUCAGAGGGGUUCUGUCAAGUCCGGAGGGUCAGAGAACAGAGGGGCCUCCUGGAGAAGAGGCAAAGAGGACCCAUGGCCAGGCUCCACUGGCUUCCAGCCCCAGAAGGACGAUAGAGGAGGUCCCUUCAGGGAGCAGGCCAGGGUGGGAAGUGCCUAGCGUUCCGGGAGAGUCCUGGAUUUUCCAGGACCUGGGAACAAAGGAAGUCUCCAUCUCAGAACAGCCACAAGAACAAACAGAAGUGACUGGUGUUGGCAGGAAAGAGGAGCAAGCAGAGGCGCCCUUGCAGGACAUGGUGAAGACCCUCAGACACGGGCUCCGGAGGGCCGAGGAGCAGGCGCGGCGCCAGGAGCAGCUGCUGACAGCACGGGAUGGUGAGCUGCAGGCACUUCAGGAGCAGCUCCGCAGGUGUGAGGAAGAGAGAGCCCAGCUGCAGGCAGAGCUGAGGCAGAAGCAACAGGAGGCCGAGAGGAGGGAUGCCACCUAUGAGGAAGAGCUUAGAGGGCAGCGGGACCUGAUCCAGGCCAUGAAGAGGAGGAUGCUGGAACUGAUUCAGGAGAAGGACCGCCAGUGGCAGAGGCUCCAGCAGCUCUCGGGUUUGGUCCCUGGCUGCUGCAUGGGCUGUAGCAAGGUCUUCGGCCGACUGUCCCGGAGGUACCCGUGCAGGCGCUGUGGAGGCCUGGUUUGCCACGCCUGCUCUGCAGAUUACAAGAAGAGAGACCGCUGCUGCCCAUGCUGUGCCCAGGGAGGAGAAGCCCAGGUUAAGUGACCAAGAUCAGCCCGGGUCUCCCACCGGUGGAAGAGCUGGGUGGGAUACGCAUUAGGCUCUCAGCCAUGCUCUCUAAUCUGAGGAAAACGGGCGCCAGCCUCCCUGUAAUGUCCCUCAAGGCUCAGCAAAUUCAUGACUGUGAAUUGCCCUGGGCCCUGCUGCUUCUCCACCCUCCCUUCUUGCCCAGCUGCGGUGCCCACCCCACACCCUUCCCAGCAGCACAGCCGGCACCUGUGCGACUCUUCCGUAGCUUUCUGUGGCGUCUGUUUCCCAGACCUGCAUUUGAUUCAUUUUGUUUUGCUGUGCUUUGCUUUUAAUAGAUUUAUUGAGGUGCUAUUGACAUAUAAUAAACAUUACAUUAAUUUGA